AUGACGGUAACUGAAUCCUUCCAGUUGCUGAAACCAAAACCCUUAAAAAAUUGGACUUUUAGAAAGAGUGAUAAUAAUAACACAAGACAGAAUUUGAUGAUGAACCAGAAUGAUUGCUUCAAGCCAAAAGAAGUCAGAUUUGAUCCAACUCUCAAAGGACCUUUUCCAGCAUCAUCAACCUUUACCUUUACACAGAAAGAUCAAAAAGAACAGGUUGUCCCUGGGGCUUCAGCUAUUGGCAAAAAGAAGCACACCCUUCUCCCUUCCAGCCGUCUUUGGCGCUGCUCUUGGUUGGGGGCUGUCCUGCAUCCAAAUCUGGAAGAUGGCGGCCACAAAAAAAAGACGAAAAAGUCCCUGGAGUCCAUCAACUCUAGGCUCCAACUUGUUAUGAAAAGUGGAAAGUACGAACUGAGGUACAAGCAGACUCUGCAAAUGAUCAGACAAAGCAAAACAAAACUGGUCAUCCUCGCCAACAACUAUCCAGCCUUGAAGAAAUCUGAAAUAGAGUAUUACACCAUGUUGGCUAGCACUGGUGUUCAUCACUACAGUGGCAAUAAUAUUUAAUUGGGCACAGCGCGUAGAAAAUAUUACAGAGUAUGCACAUUGGCUAUCAUUGAUCCAGGUGAUCCUAAUAUCAUGCCAGAACAGAAUGGUGAAAAGUAA